GUUUCUACGGGAGGUACUUCAACUUAUCGAUGUUGUUUUCGUUUCCUCCGUUUGGCUGCGCCCCGAAAGCGUCCUUAAGUCUGCGUCGAAGAAUCGCGUAUUGACAGACUGAAAUGUUGCGCAACAAGUACAGACCAAGCCACCCUGAUCGCUUUCGGGUCGACUUUCGCAGUGGCAACUUCGCUUCCCAGCUUCUGGCGGUCAGGGAGUUCGAAGAUGGGGAGAUUAUAGCAACAUUGGAAGGCAUUACAGAAGGACCUAAACGGUACAGCUCGGUUCAAAUCUCCCGAGAUAUGCAUAUUGAGCUGAACUCAGACUUAUUAUAUAUGAAUCACUCAUGUGAUCCUUCCGCGAUCAUCGAUGUAUCAGCACGUCAAGUUCGCGCUACACGGUUCAUCCCAGCCAAUACACCUAUCACGUUCUUCUAUCCCUCCACCGAAUGGGAGAUGGCGCAGCCUUUCUCUUGUAAUUGCGGGGCCAGAAAUUGUCUGGGUAGUAUUAAGGGAGCCAAGUGGAUCGAGGAAGACCGGCUAAAAGACUUCUGGUGUAACGAACACAUCUGGGUUUUGAAAAGGGAGCAAAGCGGUAACGGGGAGAGAAACAAGGCUUAGGCAUUCGAGCGGUGUGUGUAUGCUAAAAUAUGAUAUGAUAUCGCAAGCGUUAAAUACGACGUUUAUGGUGGCGCGUUUGGAGUUCUUGUGAGACCGAUGGAACAG